CAGUAGAUUACUUUUUAACGUGGGGGUGGGUAAAUAGGCUGAAUGUUAUGAGAUUGAGAUGAUGUAUAAGGGUGUGAAGAGCAGGUGGAAUGGAGGGAUGUGAAAGUGAAAGGAUAGAAAGAUCGAGACAGGGCUAACAGAUGGACUGAACAGGGAUUAUGGGUGCUGGGGGUAGACUUUGAUAGCAAUUUGCCAAAGACAGGCAGGAAAAGAGGAGAUGGUACAGGAUUGCACCAAAAAGCGGAAAACUUGAAUUAAGAGAAUAAAGAUACACACAGGCUGCUCUAGCAAAAAGACAAGGACAUAAAAGAUACAAAAAGUAGGGAAAAUUGAUGGAUUUAAGUAGGAAGAAAUGACAAUGAGGAUGAUGUAGGAAGACUGCUAAGGUAAAAUUUUUACUUUUUAUGGAAUUCAUAUUCUGUUGAAAUAUAACGUAGAUUAGAUGCAGAAAUGUAAAAUCUUAAUAUUGCAGUAAUUUAUGUAAUAUGCAAACAUAUCACUCUCAUUUGAAUAUUAACCUACUGUACUAUUAAUGUAAGAUUUUAUCAUCACUGAUCAGUAGAUCUACUACAUCUUUAAUAUCUCUUACAAACACAUUAUUGUAACUUACAUUGUAAUUGUAAAUUGAAAAAAAGCCUUGACUUAAAAUAAGAAUUUUUGCUGUUCGCAAGUUACAUUUUUUAUAUACAAGUUUUUAUUUAGGAGAAAAUUUCAGAGUAACACUUAAAGUACUUAAAGUACAAUAAGGUUGUAUUUGUUAACAUUAGUAAAUUGAUUAACUAAGCUGAACUAACAAUGAACAAUUUUCACAGCAAUUAUUAAUCUUAGUUUAUACUAUUUUUAGUAAUUACUAAUAUGUUAUGAAAACUGUUAACAUUAGUUACUGCACAAUGUACUAACAUGAACAAUCGUAUUGUCGUAACAUUAACAAUAACAAAAAUUAAUAAUAGCUGAAAAACUGUAUUUCUCAUUGUUAGAUCAUAUUAGUUAAUGCGUUUACUAAUCCUAACAAAUACUACCUUAUUGUAAAGUGUUACCAUUAUUUUCGGCAUAGCAGGAUUUCAUAGUAGGAUUUCAAAAAAAUGAAAAUCACAGGCACACCUACAAAGCCCAAACAGAUUAAACAGAUUAUUAGAGGAUUACAAGUAAAGUUUGAUUUAAUGCAAGAGCUUAACUAAUAGUUUCAUCACGUAACUUCAGAUGUAAUCCUUUGAAUUCCCUCUCCCCUUUUUUUUCCUUUUAAAUCCUAUUUAUUGGGAUACUGGUGAAUGCAUUAGUGAACAAAUCAAUAAAAUUGAAGUGUUAUAUUUAAUUUAUUCAUUACAUAUUUUUAAUAUUUUGCACCAGUUUAAUUUUCAUGGAUACAAAAAAGAUUUAGGAUUGAUUAAGAUAAAGAAGAAGGAGUUUAUCACAUCUGGUAUUUAAAUCAAACUAACUAAUUAUAAGUGACAGUACUUAUGGAUUUAAAAGAAUGUUUUAAAAUAUUAGAAGGUAUUAAUUAUUUAUCUAUUAGAUUUUUAUAUUUAGAGAAGUGCAAGGUACAUGCCUUAAUUUAAAAUAUUUAAAAUAAUUUUAAUAUGUAUAUAAAAAAUAAUUUACAAUCUGCUCAUAUUGUAAUAAACAAACAUAGAUUGUAUUGCAUUAAUACAUGCAUAUAGUGCAUAUCUUAAACACGUAUUGCAUAGAAAAUGAGCUCAGGACAUAUUUUAAAUGUACAGUAUAAGUCUUUUAUCUCUAACCAAAGUUCCCUCUCAUGUGACCCUGAUGUCCUUUUGUAAAUUCACAUCUUAAUUUAUUCUGCCAUCUGCCACAGGAAUCCUAAUAUAAUAUAACUAAUUUCUGCUUUAUAAUAUCCUCAUUUUCAUUCAUAUAUCAUAUAGGAUUGUUUGUCUUUGGUCAUGUAUCUAUGUCUGCACUUUAUCUAUUCUACCACAACAACAACUGGUUGAUCUCCUUUGUUCUUCCUCUGGUCAGCAUGUUGGACCACAUGUCCAGACGUUCUCGCUCCCUGUUGUCUCUUCUCUUGACCUCUCUCGCCCUGGCUUUAUCUGUGCUGGCUUUCUGCACAUCUUACUGGUGUGAGGGAACACACAAGGUGGUCAAACCUCUCUGUCUUUCACCUGUUAAGAUGAAGAACUGCGGCCAGAACAAUAGUGAGCCGUACACUACAGAUAGCCCCACCCCAGAUCCUCGGGGUCCAUCCAAUAGAACUUUAUCACCAAGGCGAAGGGAGGAACUUGCUAAGAUUCGACAGAGGCAAUUGGCCAAUGCGGUCCACUACAUUUGGGAGACAGGAGAAGACAAGUACACCUUCCGAUAUUUCCACACAGGAUUUUGGGAGUCUUGUGAAAAGCAUGCUGAUGGUGAACGAUGUCGUAGGUUUUUAGAUCUUACACCUGGAGAGACUCACGGUGUUCUGUGGUUGUCAAUGAUUGCUGAGUUCAUGUACAUCAGUUUACUGGGGAUGGGGUUUCUACUCAUGUGGGUAGAAGUCUUGUGCUUUCAUAAAGAAAUGCAUGCGCUCAAAAUCAACGCCUUCGCAGCCAUUUGCAUCGUUCUCUCAGGAUUAUUAGGGAUGGUGGCUCAUAUGAUGUACACCACUGUAUUUCAGCUGACUGUGAUUGUAGGGCCUAAAGACUGGAGACCACAGACGUGGGACUAUGGCUGGUCAUUUGCGCUGGCAUGGGUGUCCUUUAGCUGCUGCAUGGGUGCUGCAGUUAUGACUCUUAAUUCUUACACCAAAACAAUCAUUGAGCUUCGUCACCGACAGAGACUUCGACUGGAAGAGGCUCGUGCCACAAGCCACGCCCCAUCUUAUGAUGAGGUGGUUCCAGGGGGCGGGAUGUACUCUGUCAGCGGCCUGUUACAGUGCCCAGAUGUGAUGAUGGACUCUAUGUGGGCAUCAGAUGGGAACAUGGGAAUGAUGAGAGAACAGGAUGUGCCCACCCUUAUGCUGGUUGGUGGGUGUGGAACAGGCACGUGUGAGGACUGCGAGAGAGAAAUGGACGAGUUGAAAGAGGCCUUGAAAGGAAAAGACUCACCUUGUUAAAAGCCUUAUGUUAUAUUUGUCUGAUCAGCAGAGUGAAUUUUGGAAAAAGUGUUUAUAUUUAUGCAUGUUUUUUUUAAUGCACUAUAUGCUAAAAUUUGGGAAGUAUAAAAGGAAGCAGGUGUGAGACAGGUGUCACCCUCUGUGUGUAAUCCUGCAAUAAGUGGAUUUCACAGCACCACAAUUUUAUGAUGUCUGGGACUUUCAAUUGGAUUAUACAGAGAUAAUGUCAGAUCACAAAGCCUAUUAUUAUCAGUUCUGAAGUCAAAUCUAUUUCUAUGUGUUUUCUUUGUUUUAUUUAGUGUAGGAUUAACAUCCAAGCCAUAGCAGUUCACAAAUAAGAACGCAAAGCAUCACUGAUCAUCUCUAUUUUUGACUUCUCAGUCCAUGUGAAAUUUCUUAUAAUUCAAUUCAAUUUAAUUUAUAUAGCGCUUUUCACAAUUGUUAAUUGUUGCAAAGCAGCUUUACAUGAGUAGAUGUAAAGGAGAACACAGAAAAUCAAUAGAUAAUAUAAGAAGUAGAAUAUAGCGGCUAAGGUUAAACCGUACAAGCGAGCUUAUUAAUAAUGUAACGUAUACAGUAAAGUGCUAAGUUAAGCCAAAGUUGGCUGACUCUCCCUGGGACAAAAACCCCCCUAGGAGAAAACCCGGUGGGAAAAACUCCUAGAAAAAACUCCUAGAAGGACAAAAACCCUUGGGAGAAAUUAAUAUAUUUAUAUAUUAAUUUCUACAGUAUUCUUCUUAUAACUUGUUGUCCAAUGCAAAAUAGUAAAUGAAAAUAUGUGUUGCCUUUAUAGAUGCGAUAAAUGUACAGUUGUCAUAUUAGUCAAAGCCCUCCUAUUACCUUUUAAAGUGGCCAGAAUUUCAAAAUCUGUUUGUUACAAUUAUCAGAUUUUGUGACAGGACGUCAUUUUUUAAACUAUACUGUAAAUGAUACAGAAUGAUUACGUAAUAAUUACAUGCACUAUUGUUUAUUAUACAGUAUGCAUUAUAGCUUUACUGUAUACUGGCUACUGUAAAAGUAUUGUGUUCAUCUAGCAGUCACGCUGACGUUCUUAAAGGAAGGUUAUUAUGAUUGAAACAAUUGUUGACCUUUUCCGAUUGGGGUGAGCUAAUUUGCGGUUUUGUCCUUUCCAGUUUUCCUGUUCACCAUGUGGUCAACACAGAUAGCCUGGAAAUCUUUUUAGUUUUACAGCUGUCACAGAGACUGGUGUGAUGACUAUUAGUCAAAUCUGGCAGAUGUCAGGCAUUUAAAAA